CGAGCCCGAUAUAUGAUAGGAAGCAAGCCGUCUUUAGCAUUUUAGCCGGUUACGAUCACUUCAGAGAGAACUCACAGUGGUGCGAAACCUCUCUUUGCAGUAGUUGCAGAAAUGGUGACUUUCAGGUUUCACCAGUAUCAGGUGGUGGGGAGGGGUCUCCCUUCCGCGACAGACGAGCAUCCAAAGAUCUAUAGGAUGAAAUUAUGGGCAACGAACGAGGUUCGUGCCAAAUCGAAGUUCUGGUAUUUCUUGAGGAAGCUCAAGAAGGUCAAGAAGAGCAAUGGACAAGUCCUUGCUAUCAACGAGAUCUUUGAGAAGAACCCAACCAAGAUCAAGAAUUAUGGGAUUUGGUUACGGUACCAAAGCAGAACUGGGUAUCACAAUAUGUACAAGGAAUACCGAGACACCACACUUAAUGGUGCUGUUGAGGAUAUGUACAAUGAGAUGGCAUCUCGCCACAGGGUAAGGUUUCCAUGCAUCCAAAUUAUCAAAACGGCUACCAUCCCAGCGAGUCUUUGCAAGAGAGAGAGUACAAAGCAGUUUCAUAACGCUAAAAUCAAGUUCCCCUUGGUCUUCAGGAAAGUUAGGCCUCCAACCAGGAAGCUCAAAACCACAUACAAGGCCACGAAGCCCAACUUGUUUAUGUAAUGGGUGGGAUGGAUUCAUGCAUUCUUAAGUUUUGUUAUUUGCAUUUGAAACUUUAUUAUUACCAGUUUUAACUCUUUACUUUUGUUGGACAAGUGUUUUUGAGUAAUAUGACUCCAUAAUUUUCCAUUAUGUAGCUUUUGAUGGAU